GGCUUUUGGGUCGUCCCGUUUUCAACUCGUCUGUCAUUUCCUUUCGUGGGUCCGCGGUGGUACGAAUGGUACUUUUUACCAUUCUUUAGUAUAUUUUGUGCUCGGAAAUUUCGUUUUUUUCUUCUUUGAUCUCAUAAUGAAGGCUCAAGUAACUGUCACUGCCAUCCUAUUCACCUUAUGCCAGUACAAACUAGUAAACACGAUUAGAGUCAAAGAAAUCUUUACCCCUUCAACUGACACAAAAACUGCCGAACUAGAAUUAUUAGAAAAUCCAGAGGCUGAAUUACUUACGAUAAUAAGAGUACCAAGAGAUGUCAGUAAUCCAGAACAACCAACCAAAAAUCCACAUGAUGGCGUGGCAGUAAGUCGAGUGGCCAGAGACAGUCGGUACCAGACAGACAAAUUCGCAACCAGGAGAUUUAAGGAGAGUGAGAGAGAGGAUCGAUCAUUGAAACCAGAAGAUCACAUCGAAGAAGAGAGAAGUACCAAGAGCAGCACCACAGGGAAACGAUGUUCUACUUGCGAUAACGGAUAUUUGGGUUCCUCGAAUUAUUAUAAUAGAGGGCGAGACCGCUACUAUGACAGAUAUGACAGAGACCCUUAUCAGUACUCUUCAAGAAGCCGUUACGAUCCUUAUGACAGAUACUCAGAGAGAGACAACAAGUACUAUGACAGAUAUGAUGACUAUGACAGGGACUACAGGGAUUAUAGAGGGAGAAAUCGGUAUUCCACAGGAUCCUAUGAUAGAUACGACCCCAGAGAUAGAUACUAUGAUAGAGGAGUAGGAUAUGAUAAUAGAGGGUAUGACCUUAGAAGCCGCGACACUUACAGUCGAUAUGACCCUUAUGACGAUUACUACAGUAGAGGGUAUGACAGUUAUGCCAGCAAAGGGUAUGGUAGCAGCAGACCCGAUUAUUAUGGUACCGGGGGUUACUAUGGUGGUGCUAGUACUGGAUAUGCUCGAGGGUACAGCUAUGGCGACAGAGAUCGAUAUGGAGGCUAUGGCAAUGGCUACGGAUCACAAUAUGGAACUGGUUCCAGUAGAUCCAGAUAUCCUUCUACAUACGACUACGAUUCUGGAUAUAGAUACACAAGUUACCUCUAUGGUAGACCUUCUACCACCACUGAUAUCCCUAAUAAAGGAUCUGAAAAUGAUUCGGCUAAUAGUAAUACCAUGAGUCCCUCACAAGGGACUUCUGGUGGUGGAGGGAGGAAGUAAGGGAUGAAAAAUUCGUAGUUAAUUAUGUGUAUAGAAUUAAGUUUAAAUUAAUGUUUUAUUUAAAAAAAGUUGUGUCUAUCAUGCCUAAUUAUUUAAUAAUAAUAAUAAGUAACACUAAUUAUUUAAGUCGUGAAUAUUUGCAUAUAAACAAUUUGUAAUUAAAAUAUUAUUGCAAGUUUACAUAAGAUUGCUGUUUCAGAAUUCGUGUUCCCUUCGAUUUGUAAAUAAAUGUCCAAACAAUUUAUAUAAAAUUUAAAUUUUUAUUAUUUUUUUAAUUUUGCGAUACUGUUUUAGUUAAAAAUUAUUAUUACUUUAAUGAAAAAAAUAUUUGCUUAAGUUGAACAAAA